CGUUCCCCCACUCUUAGUGAAAAGAGGAAAGGGAACUUUUUCGUUGGUGGGGGACCUGAGAUUUAGUAUAUAUUCUCGUGCACAGAGACUAAGCAUCACUCAUCGUUCAGUCCAUCAGCUGUAGUGCGCCCAGUCUUAGAAACCAACAAAUAUUAAAAAUGGGUUUUGCAAAAGCAAAAAAACUUCAAAAAGCUAACGAACGCAAAUCAUUGAAAGAUUUAAAAAGAAAAGUAGUUUAUAAAAUUACUAAAGUAGCGAGAUUUCCAACAUCAAAGUAUGGUCCAGCGCUAACAGUUGAAAUCAACAAUGAAAAUUAUGCAUAUCUACCAAAAAGAUUUGCUACACAUUUCAAUCAAGAUGAUCAAGAAUUUAAGGAGCUAGAAAAUGCUGUCAAGAAAGGAACACUAACCAUGGUUCUUGAUGGUGAAAAUAACCAAGAUGUAAUAUUAGAUGAUAGUACAUAUGAUCUACGUGAUUUCGAUGAUGAUGAGGAAAUGUGAAUAAAUAAAUAAAUAAAUACACUAAA